GCCUGUGACUUGAGGCCACGGCACAAUUAGCCCAACCAUAGAGUUGCGAAGCCUCCGCGUUUCCUAGAAGGUCCACAGGCGCCGUUGCUCUACUCGCAGCGGGCGAGUGGACGAGGGAGAGACACGGGAAUCUUUCGGGUUAGCGCCCUCAGUUGGGGAUUAAUGGAGUCGCGGACCAGAUCCCGGGGCGGGGCCGGAACCUCGAGAGGGGAGCCCAGCCCACGUGGUCGCUGCCAGUGGACACCUAGGACUUCGUGGAGCAGGCGCCAAGCAGCUUAGCCUGUGGCCAGGAUCCUGCCCCAUCUUAGAAACCAGGCCAUGGCAGCUGUGUUCCUGACAGCCCCAGGGAAGGAGUUGCUGUCCUUUGAGGAUGUGGCUAUGUACUUCACCAGAGAAGAGUGGAACAAACUUGAUUGGGCUCAAAAGGACCUCUACAGAGAUGUGAUGCUGGAGAAUUACAGAAACAUGAUUUUGUUGGGAUUUCAGAUUCCGAAACCUGAGGUGAUCUGUCAGCUGGAACAGUGGGAAGACCCAUGGAUCCUGGAUCUACCAAGAGCUGGGACUAGAAGGGCUUCCAGUAGUGCUUGCCCAGGUUCUGAAGCCAGAUACCAGAUGAUAAAGCUAACUCCAAAGCAGAAAAUUUCUGAAAAUACAGAGUCAUGUAAGAUAUCGGUGGUAAAGCAGAAGACGGCCAUGACGCCUUCAGAAAAGUUACUUAAAUUUAACAAAUUUGUGGACAUUUACAGAGUUGUACUUCCUACUGUUGAUAAUGAAUACAACAAGUACUUCCUUCAAAACCUUAACCUUUUUCAAGAUCAGAAUGGUCAAACAAGUAAGAAGCAGGGCAAAUAUAGUGAGUAUGGAAAACCCUUCAAUCAGAGAUCAUUGUUUUUGAGGCAGAAGCAAAUUCUGACAAAUGCAAAAUCUUAUGAAUGCAGUGAAUGUGGAAGAGCCUUCAAACGUCAGGCAAAUUUUGUUCGACAUCAGAGAUUUCACACUUCAGAGGAUCCCUUUGAGUGUGACAUAUGUGGGCAAGCCUUCAAACAGAAGUCUGCUCUUACUGCCCAUAAACAGUGUCACCCUCAAGAAAAGCCAUAUAGAUGUCAUGAAUGUGGAAAAUGUUUCCGUCAGAUGGCAUAUCUUGUUGAACAUAAAAGGAUCCAUACCAAAGAAAAACCCUAUAAAUGUAGUGAAUGUGAAAGAACAUUUAGUCAGAAUUCAACUCUAAUUCGACAUCAGGUAAUCCACAGCGGAGAAAAACCCCAUAAAUGCCUUGAAUGUGGAAAAGCCUUUGUUCGGAACUCAACCCUUAAGAGCCAUCAACAAAUUCACAGUAAACAGAACGCUCACAAAUGCAGUGAAUGUGGAGAAUCCUUUGGUCGGAAUAUAGAUCUCAUUCAGCAUCAAAGGACCCAUACUAAGGGGAAAUUAUUUGAAUGUAGAGAAUGUGGAAAAACUUUUAGUUUUAAGUCAAAUCUUCGUCGACACAAGGUCAUUCAUAAUGGAGAGAGACCCUAUAGAUGUGACAAAUGCGGGAAAUCUUUCAGUUGGCGCACAAGCUUUAUUAAGCAUCAGAGUACUCACAGAGAGCAGUACAAUAACGGGAGGAAGAGGAUCCCUCACAUCCACAAGUUUCUAACUGGAAAGAAGGGGCAGUAGAAAACUGCUUAGAGAGUUGUUUUAACCAUUCCCUGUCCGGGCACAUGCCCGGGUUGUGGCUCAACCCCCAGUAGGCGGCGUGCAGGAGGCAGCAGAUGGAUGAUUC